AUGAGGGAUGGGUUCUUAGAGGCCGUUCGUUCAAGGAACGCCGUCUACCAGGAGAGCAGCUCCUUUGUCACGGACAAUCAACGUCUGAUACAACAGGUCGAGGGCCUCAAGAGGCAACUUCACAAGUACGAGCAUGCUUCUCUCUCAGCUGCUCCAGUUCCCGCGUUGCGAUCUGGUCCAGACGAGCUCGAAGACUGCAUGAAGCUCUCCCCCCUCCUUUGGCCUCGUCUGGCAUUCGGAAUGCUGCAGAAACUACCGCAGAUUCAGGAUGCAGAGUUCGUUGAAGCGGUGCGAGCAGUCUGUGCUGAAGCGCAGGAGCAGUGGCAACGGGAGGCGGAGGGAGGGAAGCAGCAUGAUGGAGAUGCGUCUCGCUCAUGCUCUCCUGCUUCUGUUGGUGAAGUGAUGAACAAGUUCGCUACGCACAUGGCCAAGUGCAUGAUGCUGCGGGGUGAUGUCAACCUGCACAUGUUGCAGCGAGGAUUGAAACGUUUCAGGCAGCUCAUGCUCGAGAUCUGCUGGUCCAGAGCAUCUGAGAGUGACCAGACCCUGGAAGCCUCGCAGAUGGGGGGGAGAAAGGAAGUUGCACCAAACCUGAGGGUGCAAAUGAGCGGAGAGUAUCUAGAGACGCACCAGAAAGUCGCGCAGCUAGAGAUGACGCUGUUCAGUACUCAGUCUGAACUCUUCUCUACAUACCAACAGCUUGCAAAGAGUGGGAAAGAGAUCGCAGCGUUGAGGAAACAGCUGUCCUCCUUGCGAGCUGACAUGAUCAUCAUGCAGAAGCAGCUGGCAGAUGAGAUCGACCUGUUCAGCCAAGUGAAGGAGGAAAACAAGGUUCAAGCUGAGAUCAUCAAAACUCACACCAUCGUUGCUCAACAGCAGACGGCUCUCAAGGAAGAAAUCGCGCUGCUCUCCGAGGAUCUCGCCGCUGCAAACUCAAAGAGCAGCCUACACGAACGGAACCAUCACACCGUGACUCAAUGUCAACAUGAGUACUCCCUUCUCUGUGAUAAGUUGAUGUCUCUCAGCAAGAGCUCGAUCCACGAGCUUGUCAAGUGCAAGUCUUGUCAGUACGACAUCUACAACCUUCAGGCAAAGUUGCAGAACUUCAUCGUGGAGAAUCUGUCGCAAGAUCAGCAGCAGGUCGUGGAGUUUCUAAAGCAGGAAGUGUUUUCCCUCCUCCUCCGAUACGACAAGGAGGAUGCUCAACGGGACCCAGAAGACGCAGAGGUGUCUCUUGACAAGCUCUGGCAGGCGCUGGAAGACAUCGAGCUCGAUAGGAAUCACAUUGACAGGACUUUGAGGAAAAAUCUAGCAGAUGCAGAAGAGGAGAGCAAGCAGAUGUCGGAUCGUCUCUACACCAACUCCUCUCUCCGCAAGGAAACUCGUAGCAUCUCCCUCCCCAGCGCACCCAGCACUGGGCAGGACGGGAAUUUCUACAUCAUGGGGUUGAGAAACGGCUCGCCAGCUGCUGUUUGUGGGCAGAUCAAGGUGGGAAACGAGCUGAAGGAGAGCUGA